AUACGGGGGACGACCGCCCGCUCCCAUCCGUCACGCUUGACUUCGGCCGACCCCAAACCCCACACCCACCGUCGUCUUCCGCCGCCGCCGUCGCCGUCGCCGUAGCCAUGUCGUCCGGGGGGAUCGCGCGCGGCCGCCUCGCGGAGGAGCGCAAGGCAUGGCGGAAGAACCACCCCCACGGCUUCGUCGCCAAGCCGGAGACGCUGGGCGACGGCACGGUCAACCUCAUGGUCUGGCACUGCACCAUCCCCGGCAAGCAAGGGACUGAUUGGGAAGGUGGAAACUACCCUCUCACCCUUCAUUUCUCUGAGGAUUACCCUAGCAAGCCUCCCAAGUGCAAGUUCCCCACAAAUUUCUUCCACCCGAAUGUCUAUCCCUCAGGAACAGUCUGCCUUUCAAUCCUCAAUGAGGACAGUGGCUGGAGACCUGCUAUUACUGUGAAGCAAAUCCUUGUUGGAAUUCAGGACCUGCUUGAUCUGCCGAAUCCUGCUGACCCUGCCCAGACUGAUGGUUACCACCUGUAUAUCCAGGAUCUAGUUGAAUACAAGAGGCGUGUUCGGGUGCAGGCAAAGCAGUAUCCCGCAUUGGUCUGAGAGGAAGGAUUGGCAAGCGUAAUGAUCCAUGCUCUGCACAUCCUCCGCAUAGUUCCUGGUAGUAGAUCUAAGAUGAAUGCCUCAGCAUAUAUGGAGUUAGACCCAAGAAGGGUCCCUUGAGAAGUAUUCAGUCAUUUUGGACCAAUCUGGGCUUAAGAUCCGUGUUGGUUGUAAUUGGGUCGCAUAAUGGUGAUUCCUGAACUGCUGGAGUGCUUGUUUCGUGGACUAAUUUCCGUAUGAAGUCGAUUGUCGUGUGUGUUAUUAGUUGAUUCUAAAUGAUAAAGAAGUUGACUGUUGGCUGCAUCA